UCACAUCCUCCCUCCUCUCUCUCUCGCUUCCAUCUUGCUCCCCGCAUGUGUUGGCUGUUAGUUUACAGGUCAGUGAGGGGCUUUAAAUACCUUCUUCUCUCCACUGUUAUCUUCUGAACUUACGGCAAAAGAUGAAAGAAGCAAUUAUGAAUCAAGAAAAACUCGCUAAACUACAAGCGCAAGUCCGCAUCGGCGGAAAGGGAAGCGCUCGCAGAAAGAAGAAGGUCGUGCACAGAACGGCGACCGCCGACGACAAGAAGCUCCAGUUUUCCUUAAAGAAGCUCGGGGUCAACAACAUCUCCGGCAUCGAAGAGGUGAACAUGUUCACAAACCAAGGAACAGUCAUCCACUUCAACAACCCCAAAGUGCAGGCCUCUCUGGCCGCCAACACCUUCACCAUCACCGGCCACGCUGAGACCAAGCAGCUGACAGAGAUGCUGCCCGGCAUCCUCAACCAGCUGGGAGCCGACAGCCUGACGAGCCUGAGGAGACUCGCCGAGGCCCUCCCCAAACAGGCUGCAGAUGGAAAAGCGCCGAUUGCAACAGUAGAAGAGGAAGACGAUGAUGUUCCAGGUGAGAGCAUGAAGACCUGCCUGUCCUGCUAAUUUAGACAAAAUAUAGUUCCAUCAUUUAUCUGCAUGUUACCCCUAUUCUGAACGAAUAAAUG